AUGCUCCCAGAAAUCUCGACUCCGAAUGGGUCCACGAUAGAUUUGAAGACAAUGGUAUUGAUCUUGCGCACAGCUGUUCUCGACCCUAAGCACCAAGCUGACGGCCUCGCAGGACGCAGGCCACGCCAAUCACGACGGGGUCCAGACCGAGACGAGACCGAGGACCUGUCUGAAUUGAAUGGAACAAAGAUCCGCGUCGAGAAUGUCCACUACGAACUCAGCCGGGAGGAUUUGGUGGGGCUCUUCAAUCAAAUUGGACCAGUUCAAAAGCUCGACGUCGGCUACGACCGUGCUGGCCGUUCGACGGGCAUAGCGUACGUUACUUACGAUUCAUACCAAGAUGCUAGGGAGGCUAUCCGGGAGUUUGACGGUGCCAAUGCCCACGGGCAACCGAUCCGCCUCUCGAUUGUUCCUCCUCGCCGACAGCGCAACCCCUUCGACACCGCCGUUAUGCCAGGCCGGCCACUUGCCGAGCGCGUCACCGUCCCGCCCGGGCGAAACCGCUCACUCUCGCCAGAUAGAGAUCUGGAAGAUGAGGCUGCCCGCAAAGGCAUCGACCGUUACGUACCCGGUGGACGGAACAACCGCUCUCGCAGUCCCAUGCGGGGUAGGAGACGCGAGGGCGGGCGCCGUCCCGGCGCGCGACGUGGAGGCGGUGGUGGAGGCGGUGCAAGAGAUGGUGGAGAGCGUGCAGGCAGAGAUGGACGCCCUAAGAAGACCCAAGAGGAGCUGGAUGCUGAGAUGGAGGAUUACUUCGGUGGUGGAGGUGGGGAGGCCCAGCCAGCGAGCAAUGGCAACGGCCAAGCUGCUGCGGCCCAGGCCACAGAAGACGAUAUCGACAUGAUCGAGUGA